AUGCGGAUCAAAGUGGGAGUGAGUGGCAUCCUCGUCGUUACCAUGGUGACCAGUUUGAUGUUGGUCUACAAAGGCAUAAUCUACAGUGACAGAGCCAUGCCACCUUCAUCAGUGUCCUCAUCCACCCACAGUUCAGCCCCAGGUGUGAAAAAGCAGCAGAACGUAACAGAGAAGCCCACAGUGCUGCAGGGAUAUACAGCCAUUGUGGAUCGAAAGCCCUUGAAGAUGCACUGCAAAACCUGCUCCCUUGUAACCAGCUCUGGACAAGUCGUCGGCAAUAAUGCGGGUGAAGAAAUAGACCAGUCGGAAUGCGUUAUCCGUAUGAACGACGCUCCAAGCCUGGGCUACCAAAGCGAUGUCGGCCGUCGCACCAGUGUCCGUGUGAUAGCCCACAGCAGCCUCCAGAGAGUGCUGAGGAACAGGCACCAGCUGCUCAACCACAGUCAAGAAACUGUGUUCAUUUUUUGGGGUCCGAGCCACCUCAUGAGGAGAGACGGCAAGGGUCUUGUUUACAACCAUCUGCGUCUGCUGAAGAAAGUCAUGCCCACACUCAAGAUCUACAUGAUCUCCCGAAUACAGAUGCUGAAGUUUGAUGAGCUCUUCAGGAAGGAGACGGGGAUAGACAGGAAGAAAUCCAACGUGUGGCUGAGCACUGGUUGGUUCACGAUGGCCACCGCCCUUGAGCUGUGUGACCGGAUCAAUGUGUUCGGGAUGGUGCCACCGGACUACUGCAAAUCGCCCUUGCGUCGCUCUGUGCCAUAUCAUUACUACGAGCCCUCAGGACCAGAGGAGUGCUCCAUGUAUCUGUCUCAUGAGAGGAGUCGGCGAGGGAGCCAUCACUUUAUCACUGAGAAAAUGGUCUUUUCAAACUGGGCCCAAACACUGAACAUUGACUUCCACCAGCCAGAGUGGGCCCCUCCUGCUGUCGGGAACAGUUCGUUCACUGCUGUUCCUGCAGGAUCUUGA